CAGCAUACACUCCGCUACAGUAUUCCUCUUUCUCUAGUACUCCCACCACGACGCUGCCGUCGUCGACGACGGCGAUGGGGGACAGGUGUCCAAGACUCGAGCUCACUAUACCGACAGAAAGCACGUCUUUCAAACGUUCAUUUGACGAGCUCGGACUCGACUUGGGCAGUCCCAACGGCGAGCGAGGCAACGGCGGCGAGGGCAGCGGCAGCGGUGGCGAGCGCAAUAAACGGGCACGCAGCGAGAGCAAUGCUCGCUCACCAUCGUUGAUACCGUCUUCAUCGAACACCCUGGCGAGUGGUUCAUCUUCAUCCAAUGCAGCCUCUUCACCGCGCGGAGCAAGCCAUGAGGGCAGCGCGUCGUCCGUCGACCUCAUGUCGGACGAGCCUGAAACCCUCGCCGAACCUAUGGACGGCGUCGAGCCCUUGCCCCCCAUUCGUGGCCUCAUGCCGCGUACGUCGCCCCCCACGGAGCAGAACGACCACUUCAGGCUGUCCAUGGAACGCUUCAAUGCUUUUGACAGUAACAUCUCCGUCCUGCGACACUCAGACUCGCCCAUGCCAGGCCCUAGUCUCCCUCGCUCAGCCCGUACAUCGCUAGGUUCAUCGAUGGAGACGUCGCCGUUUUGGAGGUACCACCCACGCCGAAUCUCAACGUCAUAUCUCGCUCGAGGCCACCCAGUCCUGUCUCGCCUGGUACCGUGAUGUCUCGCCUGAGCUCUGUACCACCUGCUCUACCGCCUGUGCCAACCGUGUCCGGAUGGCUCGCCGAUUUUAAUGGCCAGCUGAGGCCGCUUCCGCAUGACCGUGUCGAUAAUCUGCGGAACCAAUGGGACAGCAGACCUGCUCAAUCCUCCACUCGCUCACAGCCGUUCACCGAGCGCCGAAGAGAACAUCCUAUAGGCCCAGAAGAAGCCCUGCGAAGACUGCGAGAAAUACAGCAGUCUCUCGAGGAGUACCUCCAGGGGACA